AAUAGAGCUUGAGAUUAUGUGUAAAAAUAGGUUAAUACUUGCUCUUUUAUCGGCAGAUGUUCACUAGCCUCGUCGUUCAAAAGCAAACUUAAUUGAUUUCACAGCUUGAGCUGUAAGUUUAAAUAAUGCACUCCCUUCAUCUAAUAUAUAAUACUAAGGAUUGGCCUCGCCGCGCUACAGGUAUUAUAGCCCUAGUUUUGGCCUAUUUGAUGUGUUUUGAUUUCAGCUGUUUCUUUUUCUUUUUAACCGAAAGAAAGCGUUUAUUAGGCCCAGAAAUUUAGCAUUGGCUGUAUAAAACAACAACGCAACACAGAAAACAACGUACUAAGCACUGUAUUGGCAUCUCAUUUCCGCCUUUCCCUAAAAUACGGACGUCGCCUUAAAAGGCUUGCAAGUCAGAUUCCCGGAAAUUCGACAAUUUUUGAUAUUGCGCUCACAAUGAAAUAUACACCAUCCAUCCCUGAAGAACAACGACCUUGGGUUAAAAGCCUACAGUUAGCUAAGCAAAUACUACCUGAGACCUAACCCGAUGAAGUCAAAGAGGGAUAGGUCACUUAGGGAUAGUAAACCUUCAUCUCUAAACCGAAAAAUCCCGAACGAGAAAUCGAGCUUCCGGGGCUCAGGACGGAAAUCUCGGAAGCGGCGUCUGCGACCGGGACUCAGUAGCACAAAGCCCCGAGACCGGGAUCCUGCAUCUCAAGCUAAAAGUACAAAACCAAAUCCUGAAUCGCAGACUCAAUCUACAAAACGCAUUUCUGGAUCUUGGCCUUCAAGCAGAGAAACACAAAAGCCAAUUCUAGAAGAUCAAAAACCGAAUCUGAAAGCCUCUGUACUUACUGUGGAAUCUGAUGAUCAGUGUCCGAAACCUUUAGGAAAGGACGGGAAAACUGCACAAACGCCUCCCUAUGCGCCGAACACAAAAACGACCUUUACCAGCCUCACGCCGCAACCUUGGGAUGUGCCUUUCAAACCCACCAAUGCUAUUCGGAAGCCCACAAACGCUAAUCUAAAACCUUCUGCUAAGGUGGAUAAACCUAUAGCUCCAGCCGCUAAACCCUCACGUAUAGAUUCUAAAGUAACACAUACAUCGGCAAAGCCCUGGGGUGCGAAAUCGUCACGGAAUAGUCGAAAACCAAAGGCCAAAAACUUGAAGCCACCGCUCAUAAGUAAACUCAUACGCAAAUGUCGAAAGCAACCUGGGGUGAGUGCAAAAAUUCUCGCCAGUCGAACCGCCCAGUCGCCACGAAUUCGACGGUACUUCAAGCAACCGGUAGAGACGAUUUCUGAGGGCACUGAGAAGAUUGAUCUGAAGAGGAAUGAAAAUAGGCCAAAGGACAAACAUCUACCAACAAAAAAUGAUUUUACGGACAGCGCGAACCCAAAGAUAAAAAAUACUAAGAGUAAAUAUGCGGAAUUCUUUCUUUGGCAGCUACUAAGGGGAGGAGAUGCCGAUGAACCGCACCGAAAAAUGUGGCCUCGGCUCCUCAUCGUCGCAUUUUGUUCUCUUGGUGUCGUCGCUUUGAUCGUGAGCAUUAUAUUGGCAGUGCAGAACCGAAAAACGGUAGGCGCGGUCCGCAAGACAGACGAGCUUGCCGACUGGGGAGACCUUCAGAAUUCACUUGGGAAUUGGUGUCCGGAAUACGAAACACGCGAUGCGGGUUUCGCAACGAAGCUCGUGAGCCAGGACUUCAGCAUGCUUCAAAACUAUCUAAACACUCGAGUUCUCAGCAUUCACAGUAUAGCACAUUUUGAACUAAAUGUGAGUGAAGUCCAAAGUAUAUCGCGUGGGGUGCCAUUUUUAGCCUUCAUUAUUCCAGUAAAAAAGGCAGUGAUGGCUUUUGUCUUGGAUUUUAGUAGCCGGACGGUCAAACGAUUGGCAUUAUCCCCGAAUUCAAUGAACUUUGUACAUAAAAUCGUCAGACGAUUACCUCAUCAGUCAUAUGGCAAACUGUUUAUGGAUUCCGAAGAAAAACAUUCGAUCGGCGUUCGUUUUGAUUUAAGCUACGCAGAAGAUAGGCUUCAAUUUUGGUUGUGUCACAUUAUCGUUGAAAGAAGUACGCGCUACGACUGCGUUAUUAAAGAGGACUUUCAGGUUCCGCUAAGGCCGAUCAGGACAGUGAUGCAUCCGAUUGUCUAUAUCAGCAGCGCCAUGGUGACGUACGACUCUAGUAGGCAUGCGCCGAGCAUUAGCCUUGACGUGAAUAUUCCCCGAAACGUGUCCUACAUUUGUGAGCUCCGGGAACAACAACUUAAUGGUUUACCAGUCCAAAAGUGUCGUCGAUCCGAUGGUGAAAUGUACUCGUGCCGCGACGGAGAAAUGCGCCAGAAAGCAUGACGAACUCACACUGAUCUGCAGAUCACUUGGGGUUCUGUUGUGUUUAUAAAAAAAAACAAAAACUAUGUUACUCGACCGUCAGUGACAAAUCUAUUUGUUAUAGCAAAACAAAGGUGGUGUGCAUGUCAUUGUUAAUUGCACACGGAACGUUAAUUAACGAAAAUAAAGCCGAAACCAAUUUUGAUCAAUCUGUCAAACGGGA